AUGCCAUUGCCACCAUCGCUUUCCCAGAGUCAAUUAGUUCCACAUGCUCCGUUAUUCUCUCGACCUCAUCACGACUUCCGAAUGGAACAAUUCGAACAAUUCCGUCAUCAUGGACUGAAUUUAGCAGCUGCUGCUGUUGCUGCUGCUAAUCAAUUGAAUCACAAUCAGUCAACGUUCGGUCAAAAUGUUAAUCCAGAACGUCCACCAUCAUCUGGAAAGAUGAACAUUCCAUCCAUGCCACCAAUGGAACCACAUUUGGAUUUCUAUUCACAAAGAUUGCGACAAUUGGCUGGAACGACAAGUCCUGGUGCAAGUACGAUUGGAGUUGCUGCAAAUUCUCCAAGUCCACGUAAACAACAUUCGCCAAACUUUGCAAGUCCAUCACCAUCACAAUUACCGCCAACACCAUUGACCAACAAUUCACGACCUCAAAGUUUAACGCCACCUGAUAAGCACAACGAAAGAACGUCAGAGAAUGGACAAAUCACAGCAACACCACGUUCAGCUUCAACACCACCAAAAUCAUCUCAAUGUGCUGACACUUAUCAUGCAUGUGAGUUCUGUGACAAAAGAUUUAAAUUCCAAAGCAAUCUCAUCGUUCAUCGACGAACACAUACCGGUGACGAUCAGUAUAAGUGCACCAACUGUGAUUUCACAUGUCUACAAGCAUCGAAAUUGCGUCGUCAUAUGCGACUUCAUCGGACGCCGGAAGAUCGUGCAAGUAAUUCGGGAUCUGUUGAGACAGAGAAUGAAGAUUCGCCUGAUGAUAUGGAUGAAGAAGAACAAGAAGCUGAAGAGAUGAUUGACAACUCAGAUAUGGAUGAAGAUGGCGAAGAAGAAGCUGAAGAUCUCAGCUUGUCAAGUGUUGUUCAAAAUAAUAAUAACAACAAUAAUAAUAAUAGAAAUAAAGACAUGAUGGAUCCGCGUCAUGCCAAUGCUGCUGCUGCUUCGUUAGUUGGUGAGUUGAUGGAUAAAUUUGGCUUAUCAAACAUCGCUCAAUAUUCUGAAGCGUAUAAGCAAGCACUUCAAGAAUCUGGCAACGCUUUGAAACUUCAUUUGACUAGUAAGGAUCGUGAUAACAACAACACAUCACUUUCAAUUCCUGGACUUGCUGAGAAGCUUAACGGCUUUCCAUCAGCUUUGAGAUUGAAGGAAGAAUUGAUGGCAAAGAAUAUGAUGCAACAUCAUCAGAAUGCGCAACUUCCUCAAGUUCCACUUUUUAAUCCAUUUGAGAAUCCAUUUGAAGCGUCAAAACGAUUGAAGAUGGAUGGCAAUGACAGUUGGUGGAAUCUCACGAAUUUCCAUAGAAAUGAAGCUUUGCUUGAGAAUCUUAAAGCGAAACUUCCGCAAAGCAUGGGAGGCAAUCAGAAUGUCCUUCAAGCACCACCAAAGAAAGAGUCACGACGAAACGACACAUGCGAAUUUUGCGGUAAAGUCUUUAAAAAUUGUUCCAAUCUGACGGUUCAUCGUCGAUCGCACACUGGCGAAAAGCCAUACAAAUGUGAGUUGUGUUCAUAUGCUUGUGCUCAAAGCUCAAAACUUACGCGACAUAUGAAGACACAUGGAAGACUUGGUAAAGAUGUUUAUCGUUGUCGUUUCUGUGAGAUGCCGUUUAGUGUUCCAUCAACGCUUGAAAAGCAUAUGAGAAAAUGUGUAGUGAAUCAAGGGAAGAAUGCGUCAGCACAUCAACAAGCACAACAACACAUGCUGAUGCCUCCAAAUAUUCAACAACUUGGCCUGCAACUUGCUGGUCCACAGAGCAAUCCCGCAAAUUUAUCGACAUCUGCUUUGAACCUUAACUGCAAUAGCAAUGGAAGUUCAAUCAGCAGCCUCAGCAUGGGCGCACCAAAUGGACUUAGUCGUAGUAUUGAUGAGAGUUCAAAUCAUUCUCAAAGCAUUAAAGACGAACAGAAUGCAUGA